CCUACUCCGCCCCCGGCAGUAGGAGGGGAGACACCCUUUCCAGGCCUUGGGCUGAGAAAGCGAAGCCUUAGGCUGUGGGGGAUGGACCCCGUCCCCUUCCAGCCCUCAGGCUGUUGGGGGUGGAAGCCCCCUUCCAGACCUUGGGCGGAGCGGGGAACCCCACACUUCAGGCCGAGAGGGAGAACCCAUAACAGAGGCUAAGGAAGGACAGAUGAGGCUUGGGGCUUCAGGAAGGCGCUGUGGUGCAAGGCCCAGAGGAGGGUGAGAAAAAUGGGCGCCAGUCUCGAGCAGGACCGAGACCAGCCCACCCAGAGAUGCCCUCCACCCCAUGCUACCCAAAUGGCAAGCGCCUGGGCAGCGGUCUUAACUCACAGCCCCGAAAGUUUAAGGCCCUGGCUCUCAUCCCUUCCUCUCCCCUGGGCUUUUGACCCCUCCCGGCUCCUCCCCUCGCCUCCAUCACCUUUGCCCGGUGGCGGUGACGUUGCGGUCUCUCCGGUGCAGACCUGGCCGGAGGCUGGGCUGGAUCCCGGUGGCCAUGUUCUCCCUACUGUCCCCCACCUCCUGGCUCCCCAGCCUCCCCUCCCUCGACUGGGGCUCCGGCCUCCUCGAAGCCCUCCUGCAAGGCCUCGUCGGGGCCUGCGCAGUCUCCAUCCUGAACAACCUCCUGAAGGUCUACUUCUUCGUGGGCUGUGCCAACCACCCGGAACUUCGUCUUGAAAAGCAGAGGCUGCAGGCCCGGUGGGCGUCGCUGGAGACCGUGCAUCUGGCAGGGCUGGCCCUGAUUCUGACCGUUGUGGGGGUCCGGGUGGCUGCCCUCGUAGUGCUCGAGUUCUCCCUCCGGGCUGUCUCCAUGCUGCUUUCCCUGGACAAGGGCUCCAGGGGCACCGAGAAGCUACAGCUGUACCUGCUGUGCCAGUACUCACUGGGCUGCGGGCUGACCUGCGGCCUGAGCUUCCUGCAGGAGGGCGCCCCGCACCGCACGCUGAACCUGAUGCUGGGCCUCGGGUUGGCAGCACUGCUCAGCACGGGUGCCCGGCGCCUCCGCCACCACGUCUGCCAGCUCUAUGAGCUGCACAGCAGCCAGCGUUACUGUGGGGUCUGCCUGAGCCUGCUGGCAGGCGCGCACCACCUCCCCCGGCUGCUGGGCCGAACUCUGGCCGUGACCUUUAUAGUGGGCAACCUGGCCGCCGUGGCCCUCAUCAACCAGGACUUCCUGACCACCUCGGAGGCCGUGCGCUUCUGGACGCCUCUCACCAUCUGCUACACCCUGCUGGUCAUCUACAUGCAAGAGGAGCAGCGGCAGCGCCCCGGCCUGAAGAGCCACGUCCAGACGGUGCUGGUGCGCAUGUGCGGUCUCUUCGUACUGCUGCUGACAGUGGGCCGCUGGCUGGACCUCCUGGGCAUCCUCAUCUGCCUGCUGGGCGAGCUCUGGUGCCUGGUGGGCAUCCGCAGCCUGCUUGAUCUUUGCCAGAUACAGGAUUUUCCACCCCAGAGGCCUUCGGUGUCAGCUCUAAGCCAGCCCCAGCCCACAGCCCCUGCCCAGCCUGAGGAGGGGACGGCUACCUCUUGAGUGACCUUGGCAGGGACUUGGGAGGCUCUCAGGUCCGCUCAGGCUCACCUGGAGGCCUUGACCCCAGGUUACUACCUGGAGGCAGAAUGGCAAGGCUGCCCUCUACCUGGAGCACUGGGGAUCUGCGGGAGGGCAGGGAGGAUUUGGGGCUGGGUCCCUCAGAGGGUGGGAGUACCUGGAGGCCGCUGGGUUAACCUUUUCCUUUUUCUCAGGGCUGGGGAACAGAUACAGGUCUCCUAGACCUGCCUUCCCAGGGACAUUGGGGGGACUUGUGUUCCCAUGAUGGCUCCGCCCGUUCCCCACCUCCCUGCCCUUUCCACAAACAAUAAAGGUGACUUUCUCAGA